AUUUCAUUUUUUAUUUUAUUUUAUUUAUUUAUUUUAUGAUCGGGAAUGGGUUGAAGCUGAUAAGAUGUACAUAUCCUAUCUUUUUGUGGGAUUUGAACUUUUGACCUCUCUUUCAAGAGCACAAAUUAUCCACAGACAAUUUUUUUUUACUUAUAAAUAUCAAUAAAGAUUUCAAUUUCAAGUUUAGAGAUUUGAUAUGACAGCCAAUUUACAGCCUUCUAUUUCUAUGGUUGGAAAUCAAAGCUCGCCUUUGAUAUUUUUUAUUUUGUUUUUUUGUACAUUGAAAAAAAAAUCUACAAUCUAAGUAUGUAAUCACUUGAAGAAAAUAAGUGAUUCACUCUCUACAUGCCUACUGCCUAGUUCAUCCCCUGUAAUUGCUUAAAUCUUGGUGAACCAGAAUUAAAUUCAGAGUUGAAAUGAAAAACAAGAUGAAGUACAACUCUUUACCCUUAAUUCCUUAUGUAGGAUUAAAGUUUCUUCCAAUCCUCCUUUUGCUGUCUGCCAUAAAUUUUCCUUCUGCCAUAUGCAGUGACUAUGUAUGGUACACCUGUGAUGAUUCCUCAAAUUUCACCGAUGGCAGUACAUAUUCCACAAACUUAAAUCUAGUCAUCAAUGAUCUGUUUCAUAACGCACCUCAAAGUUUAGGGUUUAACACUUCCUCCCACGGCCAAUCUCCCAAUAAGGUCUAUGGUCUCCUCCAAUGUACUGGAAAUAUAUCAGCAGAGAGAUGCUCAAACUGUGUGCUGGAAGCGAAUAGCAGUAUUCAUCAACGUUGUCCCAACAAAAUAGGUGGGCGAAUAUGGUUUGAUGACUGCUUCCUUCGUUACAACAACUCUAAUUUCUUUUCAAUUCUAGAUACUAGCGGUGGAGGUACCAUUUUCAGCGGGGUUGAAAUUAAUAGCGAUUGGGAGGCUUUUGAGUCCACAGCCAUCAGCCUUUUGUCGACCCUUUCAGACAAAGCUUAUAUCUCUGCAAAUAAGGGAUUCUCAGUUGGUGUAGCCAAUUAUUCUGCAUCAGAAAAGUUGUAUGGUUUGGUUCAGUGUUGGAGAGAUAUAUCAGUACAAGAUUGCAAAACAUGCUUGGUAACAGCAAGGGAGGAGCUGAAGGGUUGUUGUUAUAGAAAACCAGGAGUCCAGGUUCCAUUAGGGAGCUGCAAGGUAAAAUAUGAUACAAACCCAUUUUUUGACUCUGCUGAAUCUCCCUCUACCUCCCCCGAGGGAUCCAAUCCAACUACUUCAACGACAUCAAAAAAAAAGUCUACAAAAACAUUAUCUAUAGCAUUAGCGUUUGUGGGAGGCAUCAUUCUGGCUUUAGUUAUUUGUUUCAUUGCAUGGAGAAAAAGAGUUAGAUCUGCUAUUUUUGAGAGCCCAAUAACUGUAGCUAUCCAAAAUCAAGAGAGGCAAGAAUUUUCCGAUGAAUCCGGGCUACUUAUGCAAGAGCAUCAGUUUGCCUUCAGCUUAAAAGUGUUGGCAGAAGCUACAGGAGAUUUCCAUGAUGACAACAAGCUUGGAGAAGGAGGUUUUGGUGAUGUAUAUAAGGGAACGAUUAAAGAUGGAAAUGAAAUAGCUGUGAAAAAGCUCUCUACGAAUUCUUUACAAGGCAAGAAAGAAUUUCUGAAUGAAGUGAAAUUGGUGGACAAUGUUCAACAUCGAAACCUUACAAAGUUGUUGGGAUGUUGUGCUGAGGGAGAUGAAAGGCUACUUGUUUACAAUUAUUAUCCCAACAAAAGCUUGGACACAUUUAUUUUUGAUUCAAAGAAGCGCAAAGAGUUAGAUUGGCAAAAGCGUUACAAUAUCAUCAUUGGAAUUGCACAUGGACUUCACUAUCUUCAUGAAGAUUCACAACUGCGAAUCAUUCAUAGAGAUAUUAAAGCAACCAAUAUUUUACUUGAUGACAAACUCAAUCCAAAGAUCACUGACUUUGGUAUAGCCAGAUUUUUCCCUGAAGAUGUGACACAGAUCCAAACAAGAGUUGCAGGCACAUGCGGUUACAUGGCUCCAGAGUAUGUAAUGCGAGGGCACCUGUCUGUUAAAGUAGACGUUUAUAGUUUUGGAGUAUUGCUGCUUGAGAUUGUCUGUGGAAGGAAAAACACUGAUGCUGAUCUUCCAUACCAUAUGCAAAACUUGUUGGAAUGGGCAUGGGUACUAUUCAAGAGAGGAAAUGGACUGAAUGUGGUAGAUUCAAAGGCAUCAGAACUCGUAGAAGAAGAGGCCCUAAGGUGCAUUCAUGUUGGGCUCUUGUGUGUGCAAGCUGAUGCAACAUUUCGACCAGUUAUGUCUGAUGUUAUUAAGAUGCUCACUAGAAGUUCAAUGAAAUUGCCAAGUCCUACAGAGCCUGCUUUUAUAAAUUAUAGUGAGAGCGAUGCUUCAAAGCCAGUGUCAAGCUUCGUGGUUGAGUACAAUGAAAAGGAAACAUCGCAGAUAAACGAAACCACCGUUACUGAAUUGGAAGCAAGGUGACCAAAAAUGAAACUACUAUGGAUUGUAUGUUAAAGCUUAGUAGGGCGUAGCGGAUUUCUUGUUAAGCUGAAGUUUUUAGGGUUAGCCUAUUUAUACUUCGAUCGAUUUCAUUUGAAGUUCUUUUACAUCUCGUAUCAAAGCCACCGUUAUGAAAUUUCAGUUGUGCUGUCAUGAGGCAUGGCUACUAGGAAACAAGGGCUGCAGGGCAGCGUAGUUCCUGCCCAGAGCUGCAAAUUUUUUUUGUGGAUUGGUUUUGUUUAAUAGAAAUGUUUAUGGACAAGACUUGCACAUGUAUAUAA